AAUUAAAAAACAAAAUGUCAUUCAUUUCAGCCGACGAUAUUUCUUGUUGUGGUUGUUUUCGCUUUUAUUUUUAACUGUUUCUCGUCUUGGAUAUGUUUAUUCUGUUGCACUUUAGUACUGAUUUUGGACACCUUGGAAACAACAAAACAUAGUGCUUUUACUUAAAUGUUAAUAAUUUUAUAAAUUAAUCAAAACUGAUCAUAACCUUGGCCUUCGAGUCAGUAAAUAAGUGCUGCGAAUUAUGAUAUUUUUGAGUUAAUAUAUCGUCGUCGAGAAUUUCCUGCUCUAAAAUGAGUUCUAGAAAUUUAUCGAAGAAGGAGCUUGAAGAUCUUCGAAAAAAGGAGGAGGAAGAAGCGGCUGCCCAUGUAUUCAAGGAGUUUGUAGAAACCUUUCAAGAAGUACCGAGCACCGCAUCGAAGGUUUGGGUAAAGGCUGGCACCUACGAUGCAGGAGCAAGGAAGGAAGAUACGUCUGAGCGUGGUAAACUGUACAAGCCAGUGUCCCGCCUGGAUGAGAAGCGUGGCGGGACCGAGGCUGACAUAGUUCGCAGCCUCGCGCCGCGCCCUGAGCCACCGAUCCGCCUGCGAUCCAAGCAAAAGGGUCAGGAUAAGAAGAAAAGCAAUCUUGAGCUGUUCAAGGAGGAACUUCGUCAAAUCCAAGAGGAGCGUUCGGAGCGCCACAAGUACAAGAAUGUGCUUCGCGAUCGCGUGCCGGGCGGGCUGGCGCCUGAGCCCGCGCUCGACGCCAUCGCCGACAUCGGCUCCUACGACACCGGCGACCCCAACACCACCAACCUGUAUCUCGGCAACUUGAACCCCAAGAUAACAGAGCAGCAGCUGAUGGAGAUAUUCGGGCGCUACGGGCCGCUGGCGAGCAUCAAGAUCAUGUGGCCGCGCUCCGACGAGGAGAAGGCGCGCGGCCGCAACUGCGGGUUCGUCGCCUUCAUGAGCCGCAAGGACGGCGAGCGGGCGCUGCGCUGUAUCAACGGCAAAGAGAUAAUGAGCUACGAGAUGAAGCUGGGCUGGGGCAAGGCUGUGGUGAUCCCGCCCGUGCCCAUCUACAUCCCGCCCGCGCUGCAGCAGCCGUGCAAGCCGCCGCCGCCCUCCGGCCUGCCCUUCAACGCGCAGCCGCCCAAGCACCUCAUCAACAAGAUACCGCGAGUCCGUCCCGGCGACUACUAUCCCAGUGAUCCUGAUGACCGGAAAGAUUAUGAACAGAUCUUAUCUCAAUCAAUAGUCAAAGUUGUGGUGCCAACAGAAAGAAACAUACUGAUGCUGAUCCACCGGAUGGUGGAGUUCGUGAUCCGGGAAGGCCCGAUGUUCGAGGCCAUCAUCAUGAACAAGGAGAUGAGCAACCCGUUCUUCCGGUUCCUGUUCGAGAACCAGUCGCCGGCGCACGUGUAUUACCGCUGGAAGCUGUACUCCAUGCUGCAAGGCGACUCGCCAAAGCAGUGGGCGCUCAACGACUUCCGCAUGUUCAAAGGCGGGUCGGUGUGGCGGCCGCCGGUCAUGAACCUGUACACGGCGGGCAUGCCGGACGAGCUGGUGGACGAGGACGACGCCAAGGACAACAUCCGCGGCACGCUCUCCAACAACCAGCGCGACCGCCUGGAGGAGCUCAUCCGCGGGCUGACGCCGGCUCGCACCAGCGUGGGCGCCGCCAUGGCCUGGUGCCUCGAGCACGCCGAGGCGGCCGGCGAGGUGGCGGCGUGUCUGGCCGAGUCCCUUAGCGGCGAGCAGACGGCGGCGCACAAGCGCAUCGCGCGGCUCUACCUGCUCUCCGACAUCCUGCACAACGCCGGCGCCAAGCUCACCAACGCCAGCGCCUUCCGCAGCGCUUUCCAGCCGCGCCUGGCGGACGUAAUGCGUGCGUGCCACGCGGCGUGGCAGGCGCUGGGCUCGCGGCUGCAGCGCGAGGGGUUCCGCGCGCGCGUCACGCGCGUGCUGCAGGCGUGGGCCGACUGGGCCGUGUACCCCACCGACUUCCUGCUGCACAUCAACGACGUCUUCCUCGGCCAGGAGAAGGAGAGCGCCGCCUCGGCCGGCGCCGCGGGUGAGGCGGCGGCGUCGCCGGCACGGUCGUCUUCAUCCGAGGAGUGGGAGGGCGGCGGCGGCGCCGGGCCGCUGGACGGCGCCGCGUUGCGCCGCGUGGAGCCGGCCGCCUGGCGCCGCUCGCCGCCGCGCGAGCCCACGCCGCCCGCGCCGCCGCCGCCGCCGCCGCCCGCCAUCUCCGCCGCUCAGACCGACAGCGCUAGCGAUCCUCCUCCUAUGCCAGCCGUACGCAAAUUCGCGCAGCCGGGCGAAGUUCGCCUCCGAAGAGACGAGAUCAGAGUACCAGGCAGGUCCGGGUCUCUCGAGCACGAUUCCUCCGACGAGUUUAGCGGGCAGUGGGGCGGGAGCGGCGGCGGCUCGGGCGGCGGCUCGCCGGCGGGCGCGCUCGUGCCGUCCCGCUGGGAGAGCGUGGAGCCGGCCGCCUGGCGCUCGCCGCCGCGCGAGCCCACGCCGCCCGCGCCGCCGCCGCCGCCGCCGCCCGCCAUCUCCGCCGCGCAGACAGACAGCGAGGAGCAGUCGCUGAAGCGAGAGACGCUGCGCGAGAUCGAAGUGCGCGUGCUAAAGUACGCUGACGAGUUGGAGGCCGGUGCUCGCCCGCGCCGCGCCGGCCUGGCCGCGACCCAGCAGGUGCAGCACUACCGCCGCAAGCUCAUCAAGAAGGUGGGUCCCACAACUAGACACUAGAGGGCC